AUGGACAAUACGAUAAAAACAAUGCCGACACCUCCCACGUCCUACAUGAGACGCCAGGGCAAGCGCGACUCUCACAGCAAGCAGCAGACUGUCACACGAGGCUAUUAUUACCUGGGAAACACAGCCUCAGGACAGGGACACAGGUGGCAUUACUGUUUGGGGAUUAAUCCAAGUCUUGAUGUUUUGUGUCUGCAACAGAUUUCUGUGGGUAGUACAGAUAUUCGGGCAAUAUCAAUUCUUUCAAUCCAUGAACACAAGUGUGUCUGUCUGUCGGCCUGCUUGCCUGUUGUGUGCCUGUCUGUCUGUCUGUCUGCCACCCCCGGGCCGGCUUGCACCUGGGAAAAUCCAGAAAGGACUUUUGACUUGGUACUGAAAGUGAAAUGCCCUGCCUCUGAAAAUGAAGAUCCUGUGGUAUUGUGGAAAUUUCCAGAGGACUUUGGAGACCAGGAAGUGUUGCAGAGUGUGCCAAAGUUCUGUUUCCCCUUUGACGUGGAAAGGGUGUCUCAAAACCAAGUUGGACAGCACUUUACCUUUGUGCUGACAGACAUAGAAAGUAAGCAGAGAUUCGGAUUCUGCAGACUCACAUCAGGAGGCAAAAUUUGUCUAUGCAUCCUGAGUUACCUGCCAUGGUUUGAAGUCUAUUACAAGCUUCUAAAUACUCUGGCAGAUUACUUGGUAAAGGAACUGGAAAAUGAUUUGAAUGAAACUCUCAAGUCACUGUAUAACCACCCAGUACCAAAGGCAAACACUCCUGUCAACUUAAGUGUGGUGAGUACUUACUUAAUCAGUGAUGAUACUCUCUCCCCCGAGACCCCUGCCCAGAGAAACCUCACGGAGUAUUUUGUGGCGGUGGACGUGUACAACAUGGUGCACCUGUACGCCUGCAUGCUGCAUGAGAGGCGGGUGGUCAUCACCUCCAGCAAAUUAAGCACUUUAACCGCCUGUGUGCACGGAUCAGCCGCUCUGCUCUACCCCAUGUACUGGCAGCACAUUUAUAUUCCUGUCCUCCCUUCUCACCUGCUGGACUACUGCUGUGCCCCAAUGCCGUACCUGAUUGGUGUUCACUCCAGCCUCUUAGAGAGAGUGAGAAAUAAGUCAUUGGAAGACGUGGUUUUGCUGAAUGUCGACACAAACACGUUCGAAUCCCCAUUUAAUGACUUGAGCAACCUCCCGAGCGAUGUGGUCUCGGCCUUGAAAAAUAAACUGAAGAAGCAGUCCACAGCUACGGGGGAUGGUGUGGCCAGGGCCUUCCUCAGGGCUCAGGCGGCUUUGUUUGGAUCCUACAGAGAUGCGCUGAGAUACAAACCCGGUGAGCCUGUCACUUUCUGUGAGGAGAGCUUUGUGAAGCACCGCUCCAGUGUGAUGAAGCAGUUUCUGGAAACUGCCGUCAACCUUCAGCUCUUUAAGCAGUUUAUCGAUGGUCGGCUGGCAAAACUAAAUGCAGGAAAGGGUUUCUCUGAUGUAUUUGAAGAAGAGAUCACUUCAGGUGGUUUUUGUGGAGGGAACCCAAGGUCAUACCAGCAGUGGGUGCACACUGUCAAGAAAGGGAGUGCUUUCUUCAACACGGCCGUGACUAGAGCGACCCCUGCUGUACGAACAGCAUACAAAUUUGCAAAAAAUCAUGCAAAACUGGGAUUAAAAGAAGUGAAGAGCAAGCUCAAACACAAGGAGAAUGAGGAGGAGUAUGGGAGCUGUUCUGGUCUGGUACAGUAUACACCGGUGUACACAUCACACAAUGAAAAGGAAGGAGCCCCAGAGAAGCGUAAACUUGCACAGGUGCGCGCGCGGAGGCCCGACGGCGCCGUGCUGGACGAGGACAUCAUGGAGCGAGCCAGCAAGCUGUCCUCCGACGACGGCGAGGAGGCCCCGGCCUACUUCUACGAGAGCGACGAGUCGGGGGAGGCCGGGGAGCGGCGGCCGCGCGCGGCGGGCGAGAUGGACCUGCUCGGGGAGAUCCUGGACUCGCUGAGCACGCACAGCGCCGACCAGGGCAAGCUGGCGGCCGCCCGCAGCCUGGACUUCUUCCGAUCCAUGGACGACAUCGACUACAAGCCCGCGAACAAAUCCAACGCCCCCAGCGAGAACAACCUGGCCUCGCUGUGCGGCGGCGGCGCGGCGGGGGACCCGGUACCGGUUCGUCCGCGCGUCCGUGCCGCGAUGGCCCAGGACUCGGUGCUCCCGCCGCGGCGCGUGCGCACAGUGUGCACCUGCCGUCCGCGCAUGCGCAAUCGCCCCGCCCACCGGCGACCUGGUUAA